AUAGAUGUAUCAAGAUCGAACGUAUUCUUGAAUUUAAUUCAUUACCUCCUAUGCUCAAAUCCCAACAAAAAAGAAUUGCUUCUCAUAAAGGAUACCUGUGGAUGACUGAUGAAACACUUGUCAUAAAUCCUGCAAAGAUUAAGUCCAAAGAUGAUAUUUGGUUAAUUGAUGUUAACAAGCCUAAUAACUAUCAAUACGUUAUAUCUGAAAUUGUGUAUUGUGUAAAUACGUGGUGA